UCUAUUCGCGUCCUGCCCAGCUCCCCUCAAGGGCGGGCCUUAUUGUCUAGUGCGCGUGCGCGACCGUAGAAGCAACAAAAAAGUUUGCAGAAGUUGUGAGACAUUGUUGGAGGAAAAUGGGCAGAGUGAUUGUUUUAGUCGCUUUUUUAGGUAUUUUACUUGCACUGUUUGCAGAGAGAUUUAUCACUUUCAGGAGUAGAAUCUUGGCUACUAGGGAAUUAAAACAAAAUCAUCUUCCCAACUGUCAGUACCUUAAAGGAAUUGCAUAUGGGUCAGAAGAUAUUGCCAUUCUACCAAAUGGACUGGCACUGAUCAGUUCGGGGCUGAAAUAUCCUUUAACGCAAAACUUUGCUCCUGAUGUACCAGGCAAAAUAUUGGUUCUGGAUUUGGAGGAGGAUGUCCUAAAACCAGUUGAACUCAGAAUCAGCCAUGGAUUUGACUUGCAGUCAUUUAACCCACAUGGAAUCAGCGCCUAUAUUGAUCAUACAGAUGACACUGUGUACCUGUUUGUUGUCAAUCAUCUUCACCCUCAUUUUACAAGUCAGAUUGAACUAUUCAAAUUCCUUGAUGAGGACAACACACUAAUUCACCUGAAAACUAUAAAGCAUGAAUUGCUGCUUAAUGUGAAUGAUAUAGUAGCAAUUGGACCAGAGACUUUCUAUGCUUCUAGUGAUCACUACUUUACAGAUACAAUUUUACGUAUUUUUGAAAAAUUUGUUGGUUUGGCAUGGUGUAAUAUUAUCUACUACAGUCCAGGAGAAGUGAUAAGUGCUGCAGCAGACUUUGGGUUUGCAAAUGGAAUUAACAUCUCUCCUGAUGGAAGAUAUAUUUAUGUUGCUGACCUUCUUGAUAGUAUUGUGCAUGUAUUGGAGAUUCAAGACAAUAAGACUUUGACACGUGUGAAGGUAAUUAAUGUUGGCAGUUUACCUGAUAAUAUUCAUGUAGAUCAUGAAACUGGGGACCUGUGGAUUGGAUGCCACCCCAAUGGUUGGAAAUUUUCCUUUUAUAAUAAGGAUGAUCCUCCAGGUUCUGAGAUCUUGCGAAUUAAGAACAUUCAUUCUGAGAAGCCAGUAGUGAUCCAGGAGUAUGCAGACAAUGGCAGUGUGCUUCAAGGAUCAUCAGUUGCUGUGAAUUAUGAUGGAAAAGUCCUCAUUGGGACAGUCUUUCAUAAAGCCCUAUGCUGUGAUUUACAUUAGUCAAAUGAUUAGUACACAAUAUACUUUUUCAAUGUGAAGGGUUGGGGAUGGUGGGUAAGUAUUCAUGUUUUAAAGCUUAUCAGUUAGUGAGAAUCACAGAGUUUAACUUCAUUGGCUAUAUAAUUUUCAGAUUUUUGCAUAUCCCAUUUCUUUGAAUUGAGAGAUUGUAGUAUACAUUAUUAUGGAAGAAUAAUGCAGUCGAAGCAAGACAUUUUUUGCCCUUUGUGCAUCUGAAUGUAAUUUGAUCCUGCAGUUCCUUCUUUUCUAUGUAAGAUUUGUAAAACUGUAAGUAACAAUGUCCUUCACUUACAUUCAUGUCACUGUUCAUUUUAAAAUUACACUUUGUCCUGUUUAGUCAGUAUUACAAAGUAUAUAAUUAUUUAUUUACAAGUGUUUUACAUGAAUUUUUUUUUUCAAACCUCAAUAAUCUAUUUAAUUUACAACCUAAAAUCCCCAAUGUACCAAGCACAUUUCCCUAAAUAAAUAUGUGAAUGCCUGUAA